UCGUCCUGCUGACUCUCAGAACAGAAACGACCGUGGAACAAUAGAGCGUCUGCACAACCCGCUGUGUGGGAUGGUGGUGAUUUUUAGUUGGGGUUGAACUGGAUAAGUGGAAAAUGACACAUUACAUUGUCGGCGCUCUUGGCUUGAGCGGCCGAUUAUGCAAGCACUGCUCUUUGUUGGACGAACUUGCUAUUCUUAUUGAAGAGCGCCAUUGUACAUCAUUGUUCUGGUUUCACGGAAGCGAUGAGAGUCAAAGUUCGUGAUGGUUCACUAGCAGAACAUUUCAGGAAGCAGAUCCCACAGAUUUGAGCUCUCUCUUGGAUGCUAGAGGAAAAAAAGUUGGUGAGAAUGGGACGUAAGAAGAUCCAGAUUACUCGCAUUAUUGAUGAGAGGAACAGACAGGUGACCUUCACCAAAAGGAAGUUUGGACUGAUGAAGAAGGCGUACGAGCUGAGCGUUCUGUGCGACUGUGAGAUCGCCCUCAUCAUCUUCAACAGCUCCAAUAAGCUCUUCCAGUAUGCGAGCACGGACAUGGACAAGGUCCUGCUGAAAUACACCGAGUACAACGAGCCCCACGAGAGCAGGACCAACUGUGACAUUGUUGAGGCCUUGAACAAGAAGGAGCAUCGAAGCUCAGAAAGUCCAGAACAGGACAAGUCUCUAUACGUCCUCGCUUCACACACAGAGGAGAAAUACCAGAAGAUCAAUGAAGAGUUUGAUAUCAUGAUGCGCAAUCAUAAGCUUCAGAAUUUCAUGAUGCCCGUCUCUGACUCCAGUGUCCAGUCCUACAGUAGUCCUGGAUCUCUGGGUGAAGCUGGCAUGCUGUCUCCAUCGUCCAGUUCCCUGCAGAGACCUUCCAACACACGAUUCACGGAUCUGUUUAAAGGUGGUACUUCAGACCUCAGCCUUAAUGGCGUACACACCACACCAAUAGUGAAUGGCUACGGUGAGAACAGCAUGGAAAGAGGCGUGUCAGCCAACUCUCCAGGGCCCCAUGUGGGAAACCUCGUACCUGUCGAACACAAGCCAGAGUUACGGGUGCUCGUUCCGCCUGCCUGUAAAAUCUCUGCGGCUCUGAGGCUCAACAGCCCGUCAUCCAGGCAGUCAUUGAGCGUGCCGGCGGUGACGAUGGCGACACCCAGUCUGCACCAGCAGGGCCUGACGUACCCUGCCACAGCAUCCGCAUACAACUUAGGUUACAGCCUGAACGGUUCAGAUCUCAGUAACCUGCAUGGAUUCAGUGUCUCACAGAGCCCCGGUCUGGCUUCAGGGUCACAAUGGCAACACACCCAGUCUGCAAUCACCUCUCAGGGAGUCUCUCUUGCAUUGUCUCAGAUCUCUGAUCCUUCAAGAUUUUCUCUCAUCACGGAUAUAAAAGCCGAGCCCGUUUCUCCACCCAUGUCCUUCCUCUCCGCUCCUCCCUCCUCGUCCCUUCAUUCUCCCGCUGAGAGCUUGGCCUCCUCCUGCAGCUCGUAUGAGGGUAGCGAGCGCGAGGAACAGCACCAAGAUGCCCAUCUUCCUGUGCCCACUCCGGGGCUGGGCGGUGACCCGUUAGAAGGCAUCGGAGGGCCUUCGCUCAAACGGCUGCGCACCGAAAGCUGGGUGACAUAGCGCCUCGGAGGAAUGAGAAGUUUGAGGAAAAUAAACAAGGAGUCGAUGA